GGACCUCAGGUCCUGCUCUUUCAUGAAGGCAGGACCUAGACUUUUGGAGCCCUAUGUUUCGGUAUAAUUUGUUGAUUUUCUGCGCCGUGGUCAAAGCUCACAAAGAAUUUUCACUCAGGCCAUAGUCAGGCUCAACUAUUUUGAUAUCUCAGAAUUAUCUCAUCUCACGUUAACUCAUAGCUUAGCUUCAGCGUUAACUGAAUGAAAACGAGGCCAAUGCUAAAUAUGAGGCCGAGCAUGCGCAUUCAUAAACGCAGUCCUAUUUUUGCACCUUCCGUUCUUCUGGGAAAGGGAAAGUUUUUAGGGACUUUUUGGAGGCAUAAGGAAAGUUACAAUGACUCGUUCACGGAAAUUCCCGAUCUUUUGUCAUAGAUAAGGUUGUUUCAACAGAGCACUGGUUUAUAAACGCAAAGACACGAAGCUUGAGGUAGCAACAAUUAACGUUACUAACCUAUAAAUUAAUAAUUAUCAAGAGAACUUCAGCACAAGCAUAUACCAGCAAUCUGUGAGACUGUUUUAUGAACUGGCUGAAAAAUUUAAAACAAGGAAAUUCGGUCAGCUUUAGUGGUUCAAAGGGAUAAAUUUAUUUGUUCUCACGGACGUUUGCACGAAAAGAUUCUACCAAUGCGUCUAAUUGGGAAAUUCAGUCGAAAGAAAAUGGCAGUACCAAGGAAUAUAUUAGGACAAUCUAUAACACCGCCGACGAAAGAAGGACCCUUAUUCAAGUAUAGAAACUUUUGGUCUGGCUGGGCCCAGAGGUAUUUCAAGCUGGACAAGUGCUAUGUUCACUAUUUUGAAACAAAACAUGCACCAGAACCCAUAGAUUCUGUUCCAAGAGGAUCAAUAAUAUCUGUAAAACCGUCAGAUGCUUUUUCUGAUAAAAAGUUUGUGUUUGAAAUUCAACAAAAAUCUGGCACAGUUUGGUUUGUCCAAGCAUCAACAAUGGAAGAGAUGAUACAAUGGAUAAAAGUCCUAUCACCUGUUCCAAUCCUUUUAAACCCAGAUUUGUAUCCAACAACUACAUGUCCAGAGGUUACAUAUCCAGAGCCUACAAUUUGUGCUCCUUCAGCUGUUACAAAUUCUUCAGGAGCUACAGACACCAAUGUGUUAUACCCAAACAUACCACAAAAUUUGUAUUAUGAAUUCCAUGCUAAUCCAAGUAACCAACAAAGUCGGCAUAGUGAGCCCCCUCCUCCUUACUCAGAAAUCGUCCACCAAAAUGGGAAGUAGAUUGAAGAAACUUAUAUUUGACUAUUAGUUUAAAACUGUAUUUGUUUCAAAGAAUGUAGAAUUUUUCUAUACAAAUUUUGACACAUUCAAGAACAUGUUAAAUGAUGGAUAUUAAUGUUAUUUUCUAUGAAUAACAUCUGUAACAGAUGUCAUAUUAUUGGCCAGUAAUAAUGUAUAAAUUUAAAUAUGAAUUUCACAUAUUAUAUCUUGUACAUAGUAUAUAUGCAUAUGCAUGCAUUUUGUAGCUUUGUUAAGUAACAUUUUGACUUUUUGAUGCAUUCCAUUUGUAUUAGUAAAAGGAAAAAGCUUUUAUUACCCCAAUCUUUACUUGCUGAAUGCCCCUCCCCCCGACUGUUAAUUAUAAUAGUGUUUUUUGGCAAUUAUGAGCUCCAUCAGAGCAGUUGAUGUAAUAGCAACUGGUUAUUUGUUGUGUAUAACACAAAUGUCUUGUUUUCAACAUUUCAAUACAAAUUCUUAGAUGUAUAGUAUUUACAAAUGAUUAAGAGAUAUUGAGAAUUUCAUAGGAAGGAUCAAUAUAUGCUCAAAAUAAUAUUUAUAUGUAUUCUUCUACCAACCAAAUUUUCACAGGGUAUUUGUCCUUCACUUUUCAUGACUGUUGUGCUGAAGUUUGCUAUUUGCAGCUAUUUUAAAAGUUUUUUGCUGCGUCUGACAUUGUUUCAGUCAGGUCUUCUUACUUAUCAGUUUUAGUUGUUAAACAUUUACAUGAUUUUUAGAAAGUUCACAGUUUUUAUUGAAUACCUUGUAGUUUUAUUUCGAAAGUUUCAUAUUGGCAGAAAUUUUUCAUUAUGCAAUUGAA